AUGCCUCGCCCAGGUCAAGCAGCCGCACGAAGAAAGCGGGCCCGCAUCUCCACUACCCCACCCCCCUCGACACCCACUUCCAAGUCGGCAACACAGCAAGAAGACGGCGGCUCUCCAAAUCCUAGAGCGCAAUGUCUGCCCAUGGCCGAUCUUCCAGCAGACUUUGAUGGGGUCCCAGAAGACGGUGCUCAGUAUCUUGCCAUGAUAUACAAGGCGAAUAAGAGCUUGCCUUUCUCUACCAGAAUGGAGGGCUGGGUGUCAGAGGCCGAGAUGGAAAUUGAGGUGGUAGCAGAGACGGGGGCGAAGAAUAAGGAGAGACAUGUGGCUCUGCCAAAGUCAAGCUGGGAGGCUACCUUUCCCAUACACUUCCAAGGCUACCGUAAAAAUCUAGCAGAACGUUGGCCACCUGCCACACGACUGCCCUAUCCCUCAGACUACCCGCCAUUACCACUUGCCAAUCGACGCUCGGAAUGGUACAUGUUUGUUAACGGAUAUUCCAUGGACAAUAUUCCAUCUCAAACAGAUAGGCGGAAAGGGAAAGGAAAGGAGAAAGUCGCCUUGACAGAAGAAGAAGCCAUGAACGAGGCCGUUGAACAGGUAGAGGUAGAAGAGGAGGAUGAUUGGAAGAAGAGCAAAGGAGCUCCGCGAGAACCCCUUGUCAGCCUUCUACAGCAACUGAACUCUAAUCAAGCAGUACAGGUAUUAUCCCAUUUCGGACACUGGCUCACAGAGGCUAUAACCCAAUUACCUCCUCCUCUUCCAUCAUCCCCCGAGCUUCUUCCAACUCAACCGGGUGGCGAGGGAAAGAGAGAAGAGACGUCUCCUCCCCCUCGUCCUCCCAACCCGUUCCCUCCGCAUUAUGCCCGAUGGAUCCUCGCUCUCCUUAUGCUUGUCGACCCAUAUCUGUCAGGCAAUCAAACAUCCACCUUGCGGGACCUUGCUCGGAGUGCUAUGCGGGUAGCUGGCUGGAGAUGGGUUCGGGCUGUUGUGGCUCGUGACGUGGGAGAGGAUUGGCGGUUGGGGGCUGGAGGUUGGGGUUUGUUGACCGAAGCUGAGGAGAGGGAUGGGGAGGAAAGUGUGGAUGAGAUGCUCGCGAGAUGUUGGACGGUGGUGCAUGCUGUCGCCGCCGGAUGGGCACAGAGAGACUUACUUGAUGAUCUUGAAACGUUGUUCACAUGA